GACUCAAACCCUGACACCCACCAGGACACACAGAGAGAGAGAGACAGAGGCCAGCUGGACCAUCGCCAUCCUUCUCAACCUCACAAGUGAGCUUAAAGGUCCUUCAGAGGAGAUCCGAGGACAAAGAAGACUAUGCCGGUGUGUACCAUGAUCGAGAAAUGCAACGGCGUGGUGGCGGGAGCUGAGCUGUCCUGCAGCGUCCGGGAGGAGAACAAGGCUCAGAGGGAGAGCUACUGUGCUGACUGGAGGAGCAUCAGCCUCAAGACUCAACCUGAGGAAAGGAAGACAAUGGACAUGAAGGACGCGUCCCGUAAGGAGACGCUCUCCCGCCAGUGGAAGGCCUCCCCUCUCACCCAGUCCUGCCCCUCCGGUGUCCUGCGGGUGGGCACCGUGGAGCGAGGGGUGAGGGAGCACCAGCUGCUUCCAAAGAGAAACACCCUCCCCUUGCCGAUCUUCACCCCGGCCGAGCUUGGGGUCCGCCUGGGGCGCGGCGGCCCGCACGCCCCCGAGGACCUGCAGCCUUUCGCGACCACGGAUGGUAUGUGUCUCAGCAAGAGGAGCGUGGACGAGAUCACUCGAGACCUGCCGCCCGUCAAACCCACCCUCAUGGAGUUCACCAAGGCACCCAAAGCUCUGGGGCGCUCCAUGUCACAGGAGGCCCAGAGAGGGUGAAACAAAAAUGGAUGAUGGGGGGGAGGGGAUGCUGGAAAAGGAUGACAAGGAGCAGAAAGAAUGUGCAUGCACUUGUGACAUCCUAAACCCUCUCUUGUGUAGAUUUAUAGCACUGUCUUGGCCAGCACUGCAUCACGUCGUCAACAUGCGGUGGUCCGGCGAAUGGUUGUGUGUAUGUGUGUGUUGUCAGCUGUUCUUUGUCAUGGUGCAGCUGAUCCACACUGCAUGGAAGGCAAUGAAAGUGCUCCUGUAGACUGCAAUACAGUGGUCGCUGCAAUGGAAACAUGAGGUGGUAUUGUGACAUGGGUGGGAAGACGAAGGGCUUCCGGACAUGCAAGUGUACAUUCAGUAGUUGUGUGCGUGUGUGUGCGUGUGUCUGAACACUCGAGCACUCAAGAGAACACUUAACAUCUGCGGCAUUUAGCAUUGUUUCUGUCUAAGUGGACUCCUCGGGUGUUCGAUAGAUUAGUUGAGAGUAACUGUUUAACUGUUUUUUUGUUUCCCAGAGUUGUAUUUAAUUUCUUAAUAAAAAUCAGAGCUGCUAUUGAA